GAAAACCCAUUCUUUCGUUCGAUUCGGAACUGAAUCGCAACAAAAAGUCGUUCCUUUCGCUCGACUUUCCGCUCAAGAAGUCCUCAAUUGUGAUGAAUACGGAUGUCGUGAACGCCGGCCGAAGAAACGGCGAUUUGGAAGUGAUUUUCGGCGAUUUGAAGCACAAAUCGGAAUUCGAUUUCUCGCCAAAAGCGCUGAGAAUUCAAUCGAAAUCGGAUUUGAAUCGCGAACCGAUCCAAGCGUUCGAUUAUCGAUACAAUCGAGACAUUGGUUUGCAUUCAAUGGAAUCCAAGUUCGGAAACGAAUAUCAAUUCGAUUUCGAAGGAAAGCACUCUUCGAACGAACCGUUCAUUCGAUUGUCGGGAAAAUCGCCGAAAUUCGACACCAAUUCGAAACUCAUGUGGAAUUCGAACCAAAUGACAAUCGAAUCGAAAAACAAAAGAAACGGAAAUUCAGUCUUCGAUUUGAACGCCGUUUUGAACCGCGAUCUCAACAACGAGUCCACCGUUCGUCUCGUGAGUCCACUCUUCACCUCUCAGAUGAGCGCAACGCCGGCGAAGAGCGCGAAAUUCGAGUACAACUGUCACCACUUGGAUCACGUGACUGCCGGCCAAUGGGGUGGCAGCGACUGGGGUUUGGAUUCCAAGACUCUGUUGAAGCGAACCAACGAUCACGUGAUUGUCAUCGCAAAACACGCCCCCCUCAGGGAGACGCUCUUCCAGGUGAAGACCACGCCCUUCGAGGUGAACGCCCACUACUCGCCCGCCACUCCCAAAGUGCGCCUCCAAUUGGACGGUUCGCCCGACUUCUACUACCCGUACAGUCACGUGACCGAACUGGAGGCCAAUCCGCGCCAACGACAGUACUCCGUGGUGUCGCGCACUGACCGCUUGACCGCUGGUCAGCAGAAGGAGCCGCUGAUGGCGUUGAACGCGCGGUACAACCAUUUGGACGCUUCGAUUCCGUCGACAAUGGACUUGAAGUUCGGACCGGAAGUGAACGCGAAGUUGAAGAUCCAGCCUUUUAGUGGAAGACAGCGGAUGUUGCAGUUCGAGUCGAAGCACCCGAAGUACAGUCACGUGACGGACAUCCAGAUGGACGCGAAGGCGCUGAACAUAAAGUCGCGAACUGAAGACAAUUCCGGACGAAAUGUGGCGAAAAUCGACUCAUAUUUGACUCCAAUUUCCGACCAAAAAUCGCACUUUUCUUUCGUUUCUCCGAAUUCUUUGGCGAACUUUGAGUUCGAACCGAAAAGAAGAGCGAAUUUCGAGUUAAAUGUUGUGCCGUUCGAACACAAGACAGAAAUUACGUCCAAAAAGACGUCGAAUGGACUG